UAAUAAGAAGGGAACCCAGAGACAGAGAGACUCAGAGUCGAAAGACACUCAUCCAGCCCUGCAAUGCCCAGUAGUACCCCAAGCACCAACGGAAUCAUGCCUGAAGUAAAGAAAGCAGGAAGAAAAGGAUCAAGAGCAGAAGCAAAUCCUGCAGAAAAGGCGCCACCAUAUGACCCCAACAUCACUGAACCCAAUACUAGAGCUGAGCUGAUGAAAUACUGGAUAAAUCUCUCUCUGGAUGACAGAACUGCUCAGAAAAUGUUGUGGCUCUCAGAAGGUGGAGCCAAAGUGUCACGUAUGUCAGAGGAAGUGUGUCCUGUUCUAGACAGGCCAGAGAGAUAUGAACAUUCACCACAGGUGCUGUGUAAGGAGGGUCUUCUGGGCAGUCGUGGGUACUGGGAGGUGGACUGCGAGGGCUGGGUGGUGAUUGGGGCGGCGUGUGAAAGCGCAGGGCGGAAAGCUAAGGAUGGCCAAUGUGGGCUGGGAGAGAACGACCUGUCAUGGGGUGUGGGCUGGGCCGGAUCCUGCUACCACGUCUGGCACAACGGAGAGAACAUCGAAUUCCAGGCUCCCCUCUGUCCCACCAUCGGCAUCUACGCUGACCAGCCAGCUGGCAUCAUUAAGUUUUUCCUGGUCGAAGAUGGAGAGAACGGCUCAAAGGAGGUCAGACUGAUUCAUCGGUUUGCAGCCAGUUUCAAGGAGAAGCUCUUCCCUGGUUUCUGGGUGGGCAGGAACUCCUACUGCUGGAUCCGAAAGCAGGAUCAGUAGGGGGUGAAUACAUGAAGAGACGGAGGGGUUGGGAGGAAACAGGGUAAGGGUUAUGUAAGAAAGAGUAGAGGAAAGUUUGAGAAGGAGUCAUUGGUAGGGAGUAAGAUCCAAAUCAACAUAAAUGAUACUAAAACUUGCAUUCUAAACCUGAAUCUGCUUGUAAGUAACCACUAGGUUGCUGCAAAAUGUAGUGUUUUAGUAUUUUAACCAGCAACUGAAUUGGUGUAGCAUUAAUCUUUAUACUAUUUUGAAUAGUCACUGUAUUCAUUUUAUAUUCCAUGUGAUGGCAAAUACAGAUACUGUAGGAAAUAUUUAUCGCUGUAGUCUAAUAAACUAGUUCAAAAUAAUAAUGAUGUGCGAUAUACGAGUGGUGUGUUGUGUUUUUACUGCUGACGUGUCUUUAAAAGCAAGUAAAGGUCUUGGGGGAUAAUCAAGGGGUCAGUGUUUAUCUGGUUAGUGUGACCCAGUUCACAAAGCUUUUCUCUACUGACAGACGUUCAAAAGUACUUUUUUGCAAAAUGUUACACCAUUGAACAAUUCUCUGAGGGCUUUUGAAAGCAUUUGUACAGAUUUUACUCUGAGGU